AUGGAAAACCCCCUCUUCAACGCCGUCAAGGGAAAUUUCGAUCCCGAUCACUUACCAAUUGACGAGUUCAACAUUCUCUACAACCUCGUCAGAUAUCCUAAUGCGUCGGUAGAAGAAGCAGUGGAAAAGGUUGUCAAUCUCACUUUGAAAGAGCUCACUACAUUAGAUGAUGGCUUUGUCUUCAAUAUUUGCACUCUGAUUAUAGACAUUGCUACCAAUAUCGUACCUGCUGAGCAGGCAAAUCUUGUUGAAUUUGUCUCACAACUCCAGAAAACCUCUGUGAGAAAUCCAAAAACAGGAGAGCAGGUUAGGGAUCAAGACGGACAAUGUGUAUGGCAAGAUCUUUCCACAUUGGGGAUAUAUGUUACUGAUUUUUGGAACUUUGAUCACCAUGAAUUUCACACACAAACUGAGAUAAUGAAAUGGGAAAAUAAAAAUGCCUUCUUAGCACAGCUUACUGCCACUGCAAGAGUUGACUAUGAUGAUACCAAGUCUUUGCAUCCCCUGGACUUUGCAAACUUUGGCCUAUUCGCAUUAAAUGACGCCUUCGAUGGUGAUAGAGAUGGCCAAGAAGGGGAACAGCCCGAAACAGCAGUACGAGCAGCCUCUCUGUGGAUCAAGAUCGCAGCAGACCGGCUUUGGGCUCAUUGUAAAAACCAGCGGCCUUUUGACAAGUACGAUGGAUGUGAGGAAAGGGGCUUUGAUGUUGAACGGUGGAAUGAGUGGAAACAGGGUGUAAUAGCUGCACGGGAUGCUCCGUGUGUAGUGUGUAAAUGGAGAGACUAG